AUGGCUAUUUUUCAGGCUAUCGAUUAUCAGGAAUUCAAUUAUUAUAAUCAGUAUUAUUGGAAUUAUUGGAAUCAAGUACACGAUUAUCAUUCAGAAUCACCCUCUGAUGAAAGAUGGCUACCUUAUGGACAUCACCAGCCUAAUAAGGCUGAAUACGAGUAUGAUCCUUCCCAAUAUAAUCAUGACGAGUAUCUUAAUGAUCCAUAUCUAGUGAAUAACAACAGGUUUUCAGAGACUACUUAUCCUGCUGUAGAGGAAGAACCGGAUGAAGUAGAUGAUGACAAUGAAGGCGAAGAGGAACCAACAUUUACCCUAAAUGAAGUAUUUCUAGAAUAUUUGAUACAAUCGGAGAAGCGUCGUCAAGAGAGGAAACUAAAAGAGAGACAAAUGGAAAAAGAAGAAGAAGAGAAAAUGAUACUAGGAGUAAAAAUAGAUGAAUCUGCCGAAGAUGCUACUGAUAUUAGAAAGGCAAGAUUAAAUGAAAAGUACGGUGAUAGUGCUAUGGAAAUAGAGCAAUUAGAAACUCAACUUCAACUAUCGUUUAAUACUUAUUCUGAUAAAAAUCAUCCGAUACUAUGGCCCGUUCUGCCCUUAAAUUUACGUUAUACGUCUGAAGAAGUGCAAUGA